AUUUCCACAGCAUAUCAUGGUGGCGAGUCAGUUGGCAGGCAGUGGGCACUGCGGCCCGUCCGUCAGACGUUCCCGCCCGCCGGUUAGGGCUGUGAUGGACGGAGAUUAGCCACGGAUUUUACGCCCUCGACCGAAGGGGACUCGGUCUUUCGCUCUCGCACUCAACGGCACUUGUCUGGAUCUCCGUCGGUGGUCCCAUUAGGCAAAUGGUAUAUAACCCCCUGCCAGAAGCAACAGGUGGUAGCUACACCCAAGCCAAGUCCGAGUCAAAGCAAGCCAAGCCAAGCCAAACCAAAGACAAGUGAAACAGAAACAGACCUCAAAUCAAUCAUGUCCUUCUUCCCAACCACCCUCCCAGCCCUCCCCCUCCGCGAGGCAAUCGUGGACCCAAUUUACCGCGCCGUACUCUCCUUCGACGGCAACGACCUCGGGCUCUUCGAGUCGGCCUUCUUCGAGGAUGCCGCCUUCGACUUCAACGGCAGCGUGAUGGAGGGCCGCGCGGCCAUCAAGUCCGGCAGCUGGGACAACGUCUCCAAGCUGGACACCACCCACUUCCUGAGCAACGUGCGCAUCAAUCUGCCCUCGGAGGGCAGCGACACCGCGACUGUGACCGCCUCGGCGCUGGCCCAGCACUUCCGCGCCGGCCAGGGCAACCAGCCCGAUGCCACCCGGCUGACGAGCGGGGCGCUGUACUCGGUCGACGUGGCCAGGGACCCUGCGGAUUCGAACGGGUUGUGGAAAAUCAAGCUGUGGAAGAUGAAACUGGUGUGGACCGAGGGGGAUUGGGGGGUGAUGACGGGAAACUGAACUCGACCGGCAAUUAAGACAGGGAUGAAAUCCACAUCUAGCC